UAUCUUUAGUCCGUGGAAUCAAUUGCUUGUUUGGAAAUGCUUCAACAAGCAUUUUUAUUAGUGAUUUUUGUGACCUUAGCUGCAACUAGUCCAAUUGAAAUCACUCCAUUUGUUGUUAAUGGAACGGAUGCAAGGAUUGAAGAGUUUCCGUUUUUAGUGUCACUUCAGUGGAGAUUUAACGAUUCUACAUUUAUUCAUUAUUGUGGUGGAACUAUAUUGAAUAAGGAUUGGGUUCUUACUGCUGCUCACUGUCUCAAUGACGACGAUCCAACAACGAAUCAAAUUGAAUAUGGAACAACUGUGAUAUCGCAUGGAUCAAAAGGAAUAAAUACUGUUUAUUUUGAGAGGACAAUAAUACACGAGAAAUUCGAUCCAUUUACAUUGUUUCACGAUAUCGGAUUAAUUAAAACAAAAAGUCCAAUGACAAUUGUAUUGUUCGAAUACAAAGUGAAGCUGCCAAUACCUAGUGAUUAUUUUUCUACAGGAACGCCAGCUGUUUUGGCAGGUUGGGGACGAACUGGAACAGAUGCUGAAAUAAGUACAAUUUUGCAAAAAGUGAGUUAUCAAAUCUAUAGCCAAAGUGAUUGUGCAGAUUUACAUGAAGAGGAAAUUCACUACAAUAAUAUUUGUGCUGGAAUUGAAGGUGGUUACAAGGGACAAUGCAAAGGAGAUUCAGGCGGUCCAUUACUUGUUGAUGGCGUUCAAGUUGGCAUUGUCAGUUGGAGCAAUAAGCCAUGUGCAGAACCGCCAUACCCAGGCGUUUUUACGGCUGUUGCGCCAUAUAUUAAUUGGAUUAAGGAGAAUACAAUGCUGAACAUUAAACUUCGAAUGUUUAUACAGAUUAAGGAUUAAGAUUGAUUAACAUUUAUAUUCAGACUAUAGUCAUUGUAUGUUGAAUAAAACGGAAUUUUGUGGUUUUAAGAAGAUUUUGGAUGCUUGCAAUUAGAUAACAUGUUGAUUCGUUGGGAAUUAUACGUACGGAUGUGUAGGCUGG